CCUGCUCGUCCUUUCCUGACUACACUGGCCUGUCCAACCUGCUCGUCCUUUCCUGACUACACUGGCCUGUCCAACCUGCUCGUCCUUUCCUGACUACACUGGCCUGUCCCAUCUACAGAGGUGCUGCAACUUCUACUAGCAAUAUGGCGACAGACCAGGCGUUUGUGACGCUGGCCACCAAUGACAGCUAUGCCAGGGGAGCCAUGGUGCUGGGCAAGUCCCUGAGGAACCACAAGACAACCAGGAAGCUGGUGGUGAUGAUCGGACCCCACGUCUCUGACCCCUGCAAAGGAGUGCUUCACAAGAUCUUUGACGAGGUGCUGCUGGUGGAUGUGUUGGACAGCGGAGACAGAGCUCACCUGGCCCUGAUGAAGAGACCGGACCUGGGAGUCACCUUCACCAAGCUACACUGCUGGACUCUUACCCACUACUCCAAAUGUGUCUUCAUGGACGCGGACACAAUGGUGGUACAGAACGUGGAUGAGUUGUUGGACAGAGAGGAGCCGUGCGGAUGA